AUGGCUGAGCAGAGCCGGAUUGAAGCAUUCAUUAACGAAGCCCUCGAUCGCCAAGUCGAAGGUGGCCAUCAUGCAUUAUGGGAUUGCUUAGCUCUUGUUGGCCUCACGGCUGUCAAUCAAGGCCAUAACGGAGCUUAUCUUUACAAGUCGGCACUCGAGAAAACACCUGCUGACUCUCGGCACUUGUUGUGGCGCCGCUAUAUUGAUGCACUCUCGGAGAUGCUUAUAAUCGUCGGGAUGCCAAAAACGCUCAACGCCCUGUAUGCAAUGAUGCCGUUGGUAGACAGGGGCGACCUAGCCUACGUGAAAAAGACCGACUGGGAAGCCGACAAUUCAGCGAGAGGCUGGGAGUAUGCUAGACUGACACAUGGAGAUGGUUGGCCCGAAUCCUUCAAAGCCGCCAGUGCGUAUGCACCAGACGUUGCACACAUAGCUAUGGAUGUUUCAAUGCAGAAUCUCCUAUCCGACUACUCGGUACACGACGGACAAGCGACCAUGGCAUUGCUGGUCACCGUUUUGAUAGCAAUGAACUGCCCGGUCCAAGCCUCUUGGCACGCAAAAGGAUUCAUCAGACACGGAGGGGAUAAAAAUAGUCUUGUCCAUAUCGCUGAGUUCGCGAAAAAGAUCGUGGUCGCGACGGGAAAUAGCCUUCCCGCUGAUUUUCCGACUGUGGAAGCCAUGCUGGAGGAACCUUAA